GAGGAAAAGGAGGCGGGCGGGAUCCUGGAGGCGGCGUUUUAUUGGUUCACAAGCCGGUUUUUAAUUUUGUAAUGGCGGCGGGCGGUUUGUAAUGGUUUCUCUACAUAGAGAACACCUCCCCCCCCCCCCCAUACGCAGCCUAUUUCCUUUAAACCAAUAACUAAAAGUGCAUUUUUAAUAGGAUCCUAGUGUCUCUUAUGCAUAGCAUGGAUACUUCCAAUUCCAAGGAUCCCGCCUUUGCAGCUGAAUCUCGAGUCUUAGUGCUGGAGGAAGAAGUCAGGAACUUGAAAGAGGAGCUGAGGCAGUGCCAGGUUGAUAAAGAAUUUGUAUGGUCUUUGUGGAAACGUCUCCAGGUCGCAAACCCAGAUAUUACUCAAGCAGUAAGCUUAGUUGUGGAAAGCCCAGGACGUUCCCCCCUGAUGUUUGAAGGUUAUGUUGUGGACCACCUCCGUGCCCUGAGUUCCACAAGAGAAAAGCAGAAAGCUGAACUCAAGGACAGGAAAGUUUUGGAGAUUUUGCAAGUCAAAGACAGCAAAAUUCAGGCACUGGAACAGAGAACAUCUGGGCAACAAGCAGAGAUAAACGACCUGGUACAGAGAAAAAUUGCUGUAGAUGAGGAAAAUGUUGUCUUGAAGAGUGAACUCUGCCUCUUGCAGCAGAAAUUUACAGAUAAAAUCGAGGAACUUAAGGACACUAAGGAGUGUGCAGUGAGAAAGGAAGAGCAAAGCAGGCUGGUUAUAAAAAAUCUGGAGGAGGAAAAUGAGGGAUUAAGUACACGCUAUGCUGACCUGCUAAAUGACCUGGAGAAACUGAGGAAGCAGGAGGCACAAUGGAGAAUAGAAAAAUCUGGCAUUGAUGCAAAAAUAAAGAAUUUUGAAGCUGAUUUAACAGAUGCAAGGGUGCAAAUGGAAAUCUUUCACAGUAGAUGCAACGAUCUGGCAACGCAACUGAGAAUUAAACAGACUGAAUUAACACAAAAGGAUUUAGAUGUAGCCAGAGCCAGGAAGGAGUUGCAGGAGCUGCAGAAUCUCUACAAACAAAACACUGAACAUGCAGCACAGCAGGCAGAGCUGAUCCAGCAGCUUCAGGCUCUCAAUAUGGAUACGCAGAAAGUACUGAAAACUCAGGAAGAUGCUCACACAGCUGAAACAAUAUCCUAUCAGAAACUCCACAAUGAAUUGACUAUAUGUUUUGACAAGCUCAAAGCAAGUGAGAUUCAGCUCCGGCAAAGUCAAAUUUCUCUCCAGAAUGAGGUAUUUGAAAAAGAACAACGGAUUAAUCAGCUGGAAAGCCAACUUCAGCAAGCACUCAGUUCUGCAUCUACACUGCCUCAAGAAACUUAUCCAAAGAAGAGAAAAGAGGGAUUCCACCAGUAUUCUUCAAGGGAAUUAGAAUAUCUCAUAGCAACGCAAAAAUCUGAAAUAAAGCUUUUGCAAGAAAAAUUGAAAAGAGCAAAUUGUAAACUAGCAGAUCGUACCCUGUGCAGCAGAGAUUUCCUGGAUUGCAUCAGUGUUAGAACUGGGAAGAAAUACAAGGAGCCACCUGUGAAACGUUCAAGGUCUCUGUCCCCAAAGAGCUUUUUGAAAGAGUCAGAAGAACUAAGAAAGCUUCAAAUAGCUGAAAAAAAGAUUGAAAACCUGGAGAAGUCACUACAGUUAAAGACCCAGGAAAAUGAUGAGCUAAGACAAGCCCAUGAAAAGCGCAAAAAAAGGCUGCAGAUGUUUCAGACCAACUACAGAGCAGUAAAAAAGCAAUUAAAGCAAUGGGAGGAGGGCAAUAGCAAAACUGGAAGUAGGAACAGUGGAAAGAAACGUGCGGAUCCCCGGCAGCUAUGCCAAGAAGAUUCUGAUGCUGUGUGGAAUGAGCUGGCUUAUUUCAAAAAGGAACACAAAAAACUAUUGAGUGAAAAGCUCGAUUUAGAAGAAGAAUUGGAUCAGAUGAAAGUAUGUGUAUCUAGAGAUAAAGCUAAAAUACAAGAACUGAAUCUGUGCCUGCAGCAAGAAAGAGAAGAUCUGCUCUUUAGACUCGGUGAGGAAGAUGAGGUCACGAGCAGUACGCCAAAGAAGAAUGUGAAAGAAAUAUCAGCGCAGACAUUACAGAAGGUUUGCCAAUUGGAAAGAAGGCUGAAAGCAUUUGAGAAAGAAUCAAGGCAACUGAUUGAAGUUAACAAAGGGUUAAUGAAGGAUAACAAUGAUCUGAAAGCAACUCUUCAGCAGCACAGAGAAGGAGCAGACACCAGAGAGAGGGAGGUGGAGAAACUACUGCAAAAGAUCAAAGAAAUAAAGCAGGACAAAGCAGAGCUUCAAUUAAUGAUAGAUGGGCUGGAGGGAGAGGUCACCUCUCUGAAGAGACAAGUGGCAGAAACCAACACAUUGAGAAAUGAAAAUAAGGAUCUGCUGAGUCAAGUGAGGCAAUUGCAGACUUCCUUGGACAAAGCAAGGAUGAUGGGUACUUUGGCCACAGUGGAGGCAACCUGUGGGCCAUGUAGAUGUAAGAGUGCAAGCUCCAAAGUAAUGUGGAAAACAGAGAAGAAAAAGAGCUCAGUGAAACGUCACCAGUCUUUCCUCAAUCAGUCCAUCAAGGUUAUGAGUGGUGUAUUUGAGAACUUCAGUAAGGACGGCUGGGAGGAUAUGAGUGAAAGCAGUGAUUCUGAGAUACCAAUUUCUGAAAGUCAGGGAACCAUUAUAUCAAAAACACGGCAACAGAUUCCAAUGACAGGCAAAAAAAAUGAGCAAGAACAAAAUAAGAUGGAAGAGAAUGAGAUGCCUCCCUGUACUGUGCAUUUAGAAGACACAAGCAAGCCACGUCAUAUAAAGGACAAAGAAGUAGAACUGGCCCCUCUCAAAAGGAAGAAGACCCUUAAUUUUGUGCUCACUAGUAAAGUGAACAGAGAGAAGAGAAGAAAUGUUGUGCUUCAGAAAGUUGGCUGCUCUUCUUCUUUACGGGCACGGAUUACAUCCUUACAGCAGCAGUUAACAGUUUUACAGAAUUCAAAAAGAACAACAAUAUUUGCUCUCCAAAAGUCUAAGGAAGAGAAUGCAAAAUUAACAUCUCAGCUGCGUUUAACUGAACAGAGACUUCAAGCCAGCAAACAAACUGUUCAGACCCUGAUGUCCAACCUGACUGAAUUGCAGCGAGAAAAAUCAGAUUUGCAAGGAAAAUUGGACCACCUGACCCAGUCUACCAAACUGAGAGAGGGUCUGUCUUCUGUGAUAUCUGGGCAUACUGUAACUACAUCAGCAUCUCCACUGAAGAAUGCAGAGUUGGAAAUGAAGCAGCUGCAGUAUAAACUGAAGAAUGCAAAUAAUGAAAUCACCAAGCAGUCAUCAACCAUUAAAUCUUUGAAAAAUGAAGUCCAAAGUAAAGAAGAACAGAUGCGGGAGCUGCAGGAAAAGAUUUCUCGAAUGGAGAGGGACCUAAGUAUGAAAAGGCGUUUAAUAGAAGACUGGAAAACGCAGAUGAAAUCUAAUCAGGAAAAGGAGAAAACCUUAAAAGAAACACUGCAAACUCUUGAAGAAAAGGUAAAGACACUGACUGAGGAAUGUUCAAACAAAAAAGCAUCAAUUGAUUCACUAAAGCAAAGGCUUAACGUCACUACAAAAGGAAAGGCACAGUACGAGCAACUGUAUCGCAAAGCUACAGAGGAGAUGCAGAAAAAGGAGCUGAAAGUCACCAAUUUAGAAGGCAAAAUGGCUGAGGCGGAAUUUGCUAUGUCUGAGCUUGAAACAACUGCCUCCCAGCAACUCCAUGGUCUAGCAAGGCAAAGUGGACAGGCACUUGAAGUCGUGCAGAAAAAGUUGAUGAUGGCUAAUGAAAAAGUGGAAGAGUUUGUUACCUUUGUGAAGACCUUGGCCACAGAGCUGCAGCGUAAUGUGAAGGAGAUCAGAACACGAAUAAGGCAUACUAAAAAAAUACAACAAGAGAAAAAAUAUGACAGCGGCAUUUCAAAAGAGUCUGUUCACCGGGCCCAAUACUUGGCUGCAUCUAUCCUUAAUAUUUCAAAGACUGACUUGGAUGAUAUACUUGAUGUUGAAGAUGAUGAGGUAACGGAACAGAUCAAAAGAGAACAUGAAAAUGACAAGGAGUGGAUGAGCUACUUACAGAAGCUUCUAGAAGGACAGUUUCCUUUUGCUUCGUAUUUAAUGGAUGCCAUGCUGGAAAAACUAAAUGAGCAGAAGAAGUUGGCAGAAGAGUACAGUUCUCUUGUGAAACAAAUGAUGUAACAGUGCUGGAUAACUGAAUGCUGACCUUUUUGACGAACAGCUUAUGUUCAGCACCAAUUCACCAUUUACAGUAGCAGGUUGUUUGGUACAUUUGUACGGAAAUAAGAAGGGUUUGGAGGUCCAUCUCUAAGCAUACAGUAAAUAGUGCUAUGGGGUCAUGCAGGAAAUGCCAAUUAAACAUGGUAAAUUCACCUAUUAGUAUAACGUGGGAACUUUCCCUUAUUAAGAAAUAAGUCCUGUUAAACAUGGUAGGAUUUCAUUCUAGUUUAUGAUUGGACUGAUUUGCUCUUCAGUUCUGAAAGGAAUGUAUUGCUAGACAACUUCCAUACCAAGCCAAUAUAUUAGCUGCAGAAUAAUUAGAUAUUAUUUACACCCCCAUUCCUGCUGCAAAUUACUUAAAUACUUUGUUGCUAGGUACAAGGAUUUCAAUAAACCAGUGAAAAUAGCCAAUUGUUCAUCCAGUAGAAAGUUUUGAAAGAUGCCAUUUAGUGAGUUUAUCCUUAAGGGCAGGGAACACUUAAUGGACCCAAUCCACUUAAUGGACCCAGUCUUCCAUCGCUAUACUUGCAUCAUGUGUGUUCAGCUCAAUGAUGUUUGAAAGAGAUCUUCACAUCUGACUGAGCCAUGCAUUCUCACAUACAAGGAUGAAAAUUUCAGUUAUUUUUACAUGUUAGGAUGCCCUUUUGCUUUACAACUCAAAUCAUCAUGAAGAUGAUAGGUCAUCUGUAAAUUCUCUAUUUUGAACUAUUGCCUAAAAGUAUGAUGUGAAUUCAAAUUUAGAAGACAUGUAAUUUUAAUUUUAUGACUGUGAACAUGCAUACUAAGUGUUCAGUGUAUUUAACAGUAUUUAAGAAGAAUAAAUGAUUUUGAUAUUGA